GUCUGGAGUCCCUGACCCUGGAGGUGGACAGGGGCGGGGCGACGCUCUGUCCCCGCCCCGGGGCGGAGCCGAGGUCCGACUGCGGUGGGUUAGACUCCGGGAAAUUGGCCUGCAGCUCCCUACCCGACUCACGCCUCUCCCCUCCCCUUGCGGGGAGACCCGAACCCCUCCCUCUGCCCACCGCCAGCAAGAACGAGUCUCCAGGGUGCUCUGGUCCUCGGCUCCGCGCAGGUGCAGGUGCAGGUGCCGCCCCCCACCUCUCUCCACCCAGGCGCAUCCGGCCGGGCGGCCAUGGCGCGAGGAGACAUCCCGCGGGACAGGCAAGUUGGGGGCUGAGUGGGGUUCGAACGGAAAUCUGGGCGGCCGUAGGCAGCGCAGACCUGCUUCCUCUGGGCGCUCUAAGGCUCAAAGCAGACCGGAUGGAACUACAGUUCCCAUCAGCCGCCAUCCUCCUCUGCCUGGGCCGGGUGAUGGGCGCUGUAGUCUACUCUCCAGAGGGGGUGGAAAGGGUAGCCGAGGAGGUGCGUCCUCGGGGUGACCUUCCGACUGAUUCCCACAGCUACCACCUGGUCGGGAUCAGCUUCUUUAUCCUUGGGCUGGGCACUCUCCUUCCCUGGAACUUCUUCAUCACGGCCAUCCCGUACUUCCAAGGGCGGCUGGCAGGGGCCAACAGCACUGCUUGGACCUUGGGCACCAACCACACCAGCCCUGCAGACACCUUCAACUUCAACAACUGGGUGACGCUGCUGUCCCAGCUGCCCCUGCUGCUCUUCACACUCCUCAACUCCUUCCUGUACCAGUGCAUUCCUGAGACGGUGCGGAUUCUGGGCAGCCUGCUGGUCAUCCUGCUGCUCUUUGCCCUGACAGCAGCGUUGGUCAAGGUGGACAUGAGACCUGGACCCUUCUUCUCCAUCACCAUGGCCUCUGUCUGGUUCAUCAACUCCUUCUGUGCAGUUCUGCAGGGCAGCCUCUUCGGGCAGCUGGGCACCAUGCCUUCCACCUACAGCACCCUCUUCCUCAGUGGCCAGGGCCUAGCUGGGAUCUUCGCUGCUCUUGCCAUGCUCCUGUCCAUGGCCAGUGGCGUGGAUGCCCAGACCUCUGCCCUGGUGUACUUCAUCACACCCUGUGUGGGCAUCUUCGUGUCCAUCAUGUGUUACCUGAGUCUGCCCUACAUGGAGCUCGCCCGCUACUACCUGGCCAAGAAACCAUCGUUGGCACAAGGUCAGGAGCUGGAGACCAAAGCUGAGCUCCUCCAGUCUGAUGAGAAGAACGGGAUUCCCAACAGCCCUCAGAAGGCAGCCCUGACUCUGGGUCUUGACCCUGAGAAGGAGCUGGAGGUGGAGACAGAGGAAGCCCAGCAGCCAGGGAAACCUUCCGUUUUCACUGUCUUCCGAAAGAUCUGGCUGACGGCGCUGUGCCUUGUGUUGGUCUUCACAGUCACCCUGUCUGUCUUCCCCGCCAUCACAGCCAUGGUGACCAGCUCCACCAGUCCUGGAAAGUGGAGUCAGUUCUUCAACCCGAUCUGCUGCUUUCUUCUCUUCAACAUCAUGGACUGGCUGGGACGGAGCCUGACUUCUUACUUCCUGUGGCCGGACCAGGACAGCCGGCUGCUGCCCCUGCUAGUCUGCCUGCGCGUCCUGUUCAUCCCGCUCUUCAUGCUGUGCCAUGUGCCCGAGAAGUCCCGGCUGCCCAUCCUCUUCCCACAGGAUGCCUACUUCAUCACCUUCAUGCUGCUCUUUGCCAUUUCCAACGGUUACCUGGUGUCCCUCACCAUGUGCCUGGCACCCAGGCAGGUACUGCCACACGAGAGGGAGGUGGCCGGCGCCCUCAUGACCUUCUUCCUGGCCCUGGGGCUGUCCUGUGGAGCAUCCCUCUCCUUCCUCUUCAAGGCGCUGCUCUGAAGGCUCCAUGUAGGGUUCUCCCAGCAGCUCUCUUCUCGCUGUGCCUCGGAGCUGAGACCCAGCGCAGAGGAAUGGGGAGCCGGGCUCAAGCCUCUGCUGGGCUGCGGCUCCUUGGUCUGGAGGUACCAGGAGGAGGCAGAUGCUGUCUCCUCCCCAGGCUGGCAGCCACUUGGGGGCUGCGAGGAAGAAUUCUCCACCAAUCAUUCCAACC